AUGGCUCACUUAUCACCUCCGCCAUCGCCUCCAAGUGCCUUGUCCAACAUCAGCAUGGAUGAAAAUUCGUCAAAUUCGAGCUUUAUUCAACGGGCAUCGGCUUUUAAUUCUGUUCUUGGGCAAAAAUGGAAUACGAGAGAUCUUCCAUUUAUUUACAACCCAUUAUUUUACUCGGGAGCUCUUCUCUGGCCUCAGCUUUUGUUACCAAAUGCCGCACAAGUUGCUCGAUCGCCCAGCGUUGGCAGUAAUAAUCGAGAAUAUACCCUCACUCCUGAAAAAGAUGAACAAAUUGACGAAGAUAUGCCUCUAAAUUUGUCGACAAAACCAACAAACUCUCACAACAAUAGCAAUAACCUCAACAGCAGUCUCAGCACAACACCGACGAUUCUCAAUAGUCGUUCAAAUUCGAUCAUCUGGUCGCCCGCCAGCAUGUGCGAGCAAGAAAAAAGCAUCGUCGAACACACGGAUUUGCAGCAAAGCAUCGAAAAUCUCGAAAAUCGCACCAAUUUCCUCAAACACUACAACAAUCUCAAAAAUCUGACCCUGCUGCAGCACAGUGCACGCACCAACGAAUUCAAUUAUGGCAAAAUUGAUAAGGGAUAUUUUACACAUUUGCAGCAAAAAGUAAAGGAACAAAUUAUUAGUGAAAGUAACAAAAAUAGUGCGCAUGGGAAACGUGGCGAAAAUCGCGCAAAUAACGAUAAUAUAAACAAUAAUCGAAAUAUGAACAAUAAGAAUACGAUGUUUAUGUUGAACAAUAAUAAUGUGAUUAUGCAUGGAAAUAAUGGCAACAAUAAUAUCGAUAAGGAGUUAACGCGACCCGAUUCCACGGCGCAAAAUAAACUGCAUUCGGAAGAGACGGGACGACGCAGAGAGAGAAAUUUCCAGUGCAAGCAAUGCGGAAAAUCGUUCAAGCGAUCCAGCACGUUGUCCACACAUUUGCUGAUCCACAGCGACACAAGACCAUAUCCGUGCCAAUAUUGCGGCAAACGAUUUCAUCAAAAGUCGGAUAUGAAGAAGCACACCUAUAUUCAUACCGGUGAAAAACCGCACAAAUGUGUUGUCUGCUCGAAAGCGUUCUCCCAAAGUUCAAAUUUAAUCACUCACAUGCGUAAACACUCCGGCUACAAACCCUUUUCGUGUGGCUUGUGUGAAAAGGCGUUCCAGCGCAAGGUAGAUUUGCGGCGGCAUCGUGAAAGUCAGCAUCGGAAUGACGAUUUCAAUGUGUCGGUUGUGCAUCAUGUCGCCACACUGCUGCCGUCUGACAUCAAAAUGGAAGUUACGAGCAGUUCGUGA